AUGGUGCGAAACGGGAGCCCUUCGCCGGCGGACAACUUCCCGCUCGGCCAUUCAGCGACGUCACCGCAGCCGCAGCCCUCGAAGCGCGACAAGAGGCGCAACAUGCUGGCCGAGAAGCUGGGAGAGAUGAUGGCGUCCUUCUCCGACAACAGAGACAGCCACUACAGGGCCCAGCUUGCAGCGCUGACGGCUGAUAUCAACCUCAUCAUGAAGGCCGACCCGUACGCAAAUGCGCCGCUCGACGAUGGCGGAGACGAAGCGUCGGACCUCAUCUCGCAGAUUAUGGGCAACAAUGUCCCUACGGCACCCAGCGCGGGCACCGACUACAUUGCGCAGUGCGGCAAGCACUAUGCGCGCUUCGUGGACGCGGUCAACGACGCCAUGGAGGAACGCGACUACAAUCUCACGAUGCUCCAUAACAAGCACGAGAACACGAAGAACGAGAUUGAGAACUCGCACUACUACAAGGUCCAAAUCGCCGAGGAGGAGCACAAGCUGCUUGCUGCCACGAUCCGCGAGCGCCUCAUUGCGAGCAUACAACAGCGCACCGGUCGACUCAAGCGCGAAAAGGAGCAGCUAGACCUCUCCGACAGCAACGCCAUGCUCCUCCACCCGAACCAGUUUGGCAUUGGCAACCCCGCCAGCCCCGGCGGGCCCCAAGCGCCCCGCAAGACCCGAAGGACUGGGCACAAGUUUGGAGAGGCCGAAGAUCUUGCUGCAGCAAACGAGAGCAAGCGCAAGCGCAAGUUGUUUGAAGAAGCCGACAACGACUCGCCAGGUCCCGCAGGCCGCAACGUCGAGAUUGGCAUGGGCUCGCCAUUCCGCGACGCCAAGGCGCGCACCAUGAAUGCGCAAUUCGAAUCCUCUGCAUACUCGCUAGAGCGCCUCUUCACCGAGAAGGAGCUGAACAUGGCCAUGAACCAGGCGACGACGGCCGCCUCGCACUUCUUCGCCAAGAUGAAGCAGGCAGACAACGGUGCGCAAAACGAAGCCACCACAUACGGCCACACGACCAACGGCAAUGGCACCAAUGGCGACCACGCUUCCGAGAACGGCGACGUGAUGGACCAAGAUCAAGACUCGGACGACAUCCCCGGCGCAGCCGACAUGACGCGCCAAAUCUCCUCCAACCCACACGCGACCCGUGGCGCCACCCGCUCCGCCUUCAAUCCCUCUGCCGCCGCCAUCGCCAACGGCCAUAUGCCCUUUAUCUACAACCCGCCCUUCGUCCUCGACGCCAAAAUCUUCCAGAAGCCCAAUGCCGCAGCGCCCACUCCGCCCGCUCUGUCUGCCUCGGACAUUGACCAGGAUCUCAAGCUCAUGCUGCGCGACGCCCCGCUCGACGACGAACUCAACGAGAAGCUGCUGCAGGCCGCAUGCCACCCGAUCAAGGCGCGAGACUACCAGGUUCAACCGCCAGGCUUCCAGGAGCCCGUCAACGAGAUUACGAGCCAGGUUAGGAACACGGCGCCGGGCCUGGAAGUCGGAUUGAUGAAUGGCAUGGGCGGUGUGCCGAUGAGUGCGCAGAGCAGUCAGUGGAGCGAUGCUGGUGGCAACACGCCGCUUGGGGCUGCUGAGCGUCCAGUGCCCAUGGCGAGGACGGCGAGUGGGAGGGGACGGGGAAGAGGGAGGGGUUAG